AUGUCGCAAAAAUCCGACAAGUCAGCACUGCCGAGGCCCAGAGCAGAGAAAUCCGGACCUGUUUUACGACCCGAGCCGGCGGAGAAGUCAGUAACUGUCACUGAAGACUUCAGUUCAUGGGGCAGCGAGAAAAUCCUUGGAUACACCCAGCAACGCCGCAAUGACUCGAUCAGCGGAAGAACCCUACGGUUGUCUGCUCCGACGGCUCGAGCCAGGUCCCGCAACCAUGACUGCUUCCGCCAACUUCGGGAGAUGACGGCAAAAUUGGUCAGGGAUGACCGGAAGCAAUAUUGGGCUGAAAUAGCGACCUCCAUGGAACAGGCGUCGAACUGUGGAGACACUCAAAAUCUCUACCAUUUAAUCCGCGAAGUUAGCGGUAAGCCCUCUACACUGAGUGACUCUGUUCGCGAUGUGAACGGCGGCUUUAUUGUUGACAACUUGGUCAACGUCGAGCGCUGGCGUGAGCACUUUCACCACCAUCUCAAAUUCGAUACUCAAUCUACCUAUCUCUUGAUCUCCUCUACAGCAGAGUUUCGUCCCCUUCCUACCUAUGCAGUGCCAUGCGACCCCCCCUCUGAAGGAGAAGUCGCCAAUGCCAUACGAAAGUUGCGCAACAAUAAGACACCCGGAGAAGACGGUAUAGCCGCUGAAAUCUUCAAGUCUUGUGUCGACACUCUGGCACCCUGGCUUAAUGAGUUGAUUGAACGAGCGUGGAUAGACGAGGUUGUUCCUGAUGACUGGGACUUAGGUAUCCUUGUACCUAUCCUCACGGAGGGAGAUAAUACGAGAUGCGAGAACUACCGCGGCAUAAGUCUCAUCGACGUUGCUGCGAAGAUCUUCGUUAUUGUCCUACUCAGGCGAUUCCAGGCUGUGCGUGACUCAAGGACGAGGCCCAACCAAGCCGGAUUUCGUGCUGGACGUGGAUGCGCAGACCAUAUGUUUACAUUGAGACGAAUUCUCGAACUUUGCCAUAGCUACCAUCAACCGACGGCUGUCUGCUUCAUUGACUUUGCCGCCGCGUUCGACUCCGUUCACCGUGUGUCCCUGUUGCGGAUAAUGGCGCUAGAUGGUGUACCGGCAAAUAUUGUCGCAAUGACCAAGGCCUAUUAUCGGUCCACUACUGCAAGUGUCCUGGUCCGCAACAAUCUUUCCUAA